GGCCGAGGGAGCGGCGGGGCUGCUGUGGGGCUGCUUCUCAGUUCGCCCAACGGACUAGCACUGCGUUGCCCCCCCCCCCCUUCCCGGAUCGAGCGCAGCGCCUGGGACAGCUGCCGCUGUGGUCUUGUUCCUUGCGCGGCGAGCGGAGGGAGGCCGCUUGGCUUUUGCUCUCCUUGGCGGGUGAGGCUGAAGGGAAUUCGCGGCUUUUUCUGUUUUCGCGAGGCGCGCGUUAAAACAUUUAGUAGUUGUUGGACUCGACUAGCUUUAUUCACCCAGCCAGGGACGCAAUGGGUUGUGAUUGAAAAUAGAGCACGAAGAAAUCCCCCACCCCACCCCCAUUUUCGUCCUGCACGAAAGCCUCGGGCAAAAAAAAUCCAGAAAAGAGAGCGCGUAUUGAAACCCGGAAAUCGGGCGCGAUUGGAUGCAUAUGAACUGGCGGGCUCGGGCCAGAGGAAUUUGUCGUACUCGACUUUAAAAUGUCGAUGCUAAUAAUGUGCUAGCACCUUCCUUUCCUGGACCCAGGAUGUCAAAUGAAUUGGAGACUCCGCUUUCCUUAUCUGACUGUCUUUGCAAUAUUUGCAUGGAAAUUUUUCUGGAACCUGUCACAUUGCCAUGCCAACACACACUCUGCAAUCCCUGUUUCCAGCUUACUGUAGAGAAGGCCAGUUUAUGCUGUCCUUUCUGCCGUCGACGGGUCUCUUCUUGGGCACGUUAUAAUGCCCGUAAGAACACUCUUAUUAAUUUGAAAUUAUGGGGAAAGAUUUUGAAGUAUUUCCCUGAAGAAUGCAAACGUAGAAUUAAUGGUCAGGAUCUAGAAGAAAACGUAUGCAUACCUCAGCCAGCACGUUGCUUAAGUAAGCCUGGAGAAUUAAGACAGGAGUAUGAAGCUGAGAUUACUAAGGUGGAGGCAGAGCGACGGGCUUAUGAACAAGAGGAGAGUAAAGCAAGUGAAGAGUAUAUUAGAAAGCUGUUAGCAGAAGAAGAAGAGCAGCAGAGGCUAGCAGAAGAAAUGAAAAAACAGAUGGCAGAACAAUUACUAGUAGAUGAAAAAUUGGCCCGGGAGCUAAGUUUGAAUCUGAACAGCUCUACAGAGGAUCAUAUACUCGGAAGUCUAUCACCUGGCCCAUCCCCCUUGAAUUCCUGCAAAACAUCAAAGAGCAAAUCAGGUUAUUCUGGGGACAUUAAAAAGUAUUUGUCUCCAAAAUCCUGUACUGCUUCACCUACAAUGAUACUCUUCAACAAAUCAGAGGAAGAAAACACGGGUUCCUUUUCUUGGGAAAGCAGCAGUACUAAAAACAGUUUUAUAUGUGAGGAGGAAGGGAGAGAAGAGGAGAUGCCCAUACUGACUCCAGAAAUAACAAUCAAGGAGAGUGACACCAAAGUUACUUUUUUAGAUCCAUUGAUACCACAAUUAAAUGUUUAUACUAAAGAUGAAGCAACCACUCUCGGUCUGGAUCUGACAUGCCUUUCCACUUAUCGGGGAAAUGAACUUGCCAGUAAACUUUCCAGUGUCACAUGCAAGGAAGACUCUCGGCUAGUGGAUCCUUUUUCAAAGAGAGAAGCAGCUGUUUCUGACUUUGAAAAUGACACGCUUAUAGAAAAUAUGCACUUGUCUAAACAUGCAAAACUUGGCACUUGUCAGAAAAUACAAAUAUCUGUGAUUUCUGGUAACCAACAGAACAGCGGUACGGCAGCCUGCAAUUUAAUGGUGGAAAACCACCCAGUUGGAAAUAUAAACCACAGUGGAUCUCUGAAUGAAAUUUCUUUAUCAAAGAGAAAAUCUCAAGAAUCAUCCCCUGAAACAGCAGCCAAUUCACACUUGAAGGAUAAAAGAAGAAGAACUUUCUCUGAAACUACUGAAGAAGAGAUGAAUGAGAUAGAACAACAAAUGGGUUUGGAGCAGAAAUUUUAUGAAAGGUUGAAGCAAGAACAGCAGGACAGACUUCUGGCUCUGAAGCUUCAGAAGGAAAUGGACAAAGAAGAGAAAACUCUAAAUCGCAAAAAAGGCUCUCCAGAUGAGUACCAUUUGCGCCCCAAAACAUCUCAGUCAGAACAUGAAUCUCCAGUUUCUUGUAAACUGUCAAAGAACUCAAAACCUCCAAACAAGAAGACUGAAGUGGAUCAACGCAAACUGCGCAGAAGCUCUCAGAAUGAAAACUGUAAGCCGCCUAACAAACACCAGCCAAAGCCACUUGGUAUAAAAGGAGGAAAUGUUUUGAAUUGUGUACUCAACAGUUCAGACUCUAAGGAGGCAGAAUUGCUGCCAAAUAAGCAAAAAACAAUCCUUCAGAUGUUUAAAAGAUCUGUCACAAAGUAGAGCACCUAUGAAGACUCUAUGGCAUUAGUGGGAAUGAAGGGAUUCUGUGUUUGAAAGCUAACUGGGUUAAGCAAUUAUUUGUGGAGGGAUUAAGUCCUUUCAGAGUUAACACUUCUUGACUGGGAACCAGCUAUACCCACUUUUACUGUCUUUUGUGUUAUCAGAGUACUUUAAUUCACUUGAAUGGUAACAGGUUAUUUGGAGUGUCAGGAGACCUCAUGGUUGUGCUGUGGUUUAGGUUGGAAUGUAUUGCCAGAAGAACUCCUGAUUCUUUCUUCUUCCCAUCCUUACUGCACAAGAGCAGUAAGUAAAUGAGUGGAACGGAUUAAAUUGUACUGGAAAAUUAUAACUAGUAUGUCUGUGACCUGUUCUUGUUGAUUAGUUUCCAUCUUUAAGUUCAUAGCCAGUUUAGUCAAUGAAUAUCUUUACACGUUUCUUAAUGUAUAGGUGCCAUGAACAUAAUAUUCAUAAGUAAAGCACAUUCAUUUAGAACAUCCAUUAAAAUGGCUUUGAAGUCUUAUGAGAAAAACACUAUAAUUGGAUUUUUGUGUGAUUUUUGUCAGAAAAUUAAACCAUUGACAUAUUUUGAAGUAAUGUCUGGUUAGACAGAGUCAGUAGAAAGAAACAUAAAUACUUGAAUUUUGUUUCUCAGUAUCUGUAACAUCACAUUCACAGAUAAGAAAAUGACCUACUCUUUUAGUAUUCCAAUAUGUUUCUGAUGACUAGUCUUUUUACAUAAGACUAUGGCUAAAAAUUCAGUUCUAGAAAGAUGUAUAACACAAAUGUUGCAUAUUGAAAAAUGCAUGUAAUAUGCAAUAGUAGGCCAUCAGAAUCCUGUAGACCAUUUUCUUUAUGUCCUUAUCUCUUUCCUGCACUUAAAGUAUAAUAUAAUUUCCCCCAAAUGUUAGAAGACGCAGCUGCGGAGACCUCCGUUCCCUGCUAAAACGUAACUACCCAGAUACUUAACAAUGGCAGAGCAAACAUUCUUAAGAUUGGUCGCAACUUUGUGCUUUUAUCAUUUGUUUUCAUGCACAAGGACAAAUUUUACCAUAUCAUUCUAGUCUGUUUUUGCUUAAACCCAAGUUCUUGGAUUUCUAUUUUAGCAGUAACAACUCUGGAGCUGUUAUUAAUGGGCCUGCCUUUUUUAAUCCUUAUUUUUUAGCUUGAUCCUGAUGAAGACACAACACAAGGCUUUAUUGGCUUUAUUGUUGUAUCCUUUUUUACAGGCCUUCACUUGGCCUGUCUUUGCUCUUCCUGCUCUGGUUUCUCUUUCAGUAUAGGCGGGCCUAGUCUGCCCAGCACCAGACCUCCAGCUUCCUAUGGACGAACUUCUAAACACCAGCAAUGAAAUAAAUAACAGCUAUUAAAACACACUUAAUCUGCUUCCACUGAAAAAUAUAUAAUAUCUUAAGUGUUCUUUAUAGUUUGGAGAAACUGCCCAGUCCACAACCCAAUAAAGGUAUUCAUGGCUUGAAAAUGACUGGCUCACUGAAAUAAUGAAACAAAAUUAUCUUAACUCCAAGAUGUAUAUAAAGGAGUGGCAAAAACCACAAUGAUCAUCGACUUUUUAUAUGUAGUCUCUUGUUCCUCUAGUAUUCCCUUAUGAGAACAGUCUCUUAUACCCUUAUACAGAUUAUUUGGGAGAAAAUAUGCUAAGAUGGUAUUGUUUUUCAGGCUGACAUUCUGCUGAAUUGCUUAAAACCUUAUUUUUAUAAAUUUGCUGAACCAGUAAACUUUUGAAAGUGCCCACAAAAACCUUGAGCAUGUUGCAUCAUGUACUACAUAGUUGAUCUUUUACACCAGGGUGGUGGUGGUAAUGUAUGGGUGUUUGGGGUUUUAAGGUGUGCUCAUAUUAGUACUUGAAGAAAGACCUGCCAGUUCUAGAGCUAGAGAAUGCUUAUGGAUGACAGUUAAGUCAGAUUCAUGUUGAGUUCCUUCUAAUUUGUUUAAUUCAGGUGUACAUAAGUGGAGAUGAACUUAAACUAUAGUUUUCUGUUUAAGAAUAUUCUAGAUGUCCAAUUCUGUAUUUCAUUUAAGCUGUGUAAGUGAAUCUACUUGCCCUAAAUGAAGUUGGCUUUCUCAGAGCAGAUUUAAGAGUUUGGGGGUGCCUGUGAACCCUACCUUGCUCUUUCAAAAGCAGGUUGGCAUGGUGGCUGAGAGCACCUUUUAUCAGCUGCAUUUGAUGUGCCAACUCGCCACCUAGACUCAGCUCAUCUAACCAUGCUAAUCCAUGCUUCUGUAAUGUCACAGAUGGAUUGCCGCAAUGCGCUCCACAUGGGGAUGCUGCUGAAGACAACCCAAAAGCUACAACUGGUCCAAACUGCAGCAGCUCAACUAUUGGCAGGAGAUAGAAACCAGGAGCAUACAUUACCUGUUUUAAAAGUUACAUUGGCUGCCAGUUUGUUUUAAGGGUCAACUCAAGGUGUACAGGCCAUGACCUUUAAAUCCCUUCAUGACCUGGGACCCACAUAUUUGAAGGACCAUCUUCUUCCAUAUGCCCUGGAACUGUUGACUGUCCCAUCACUUAGGGUGGCCUGCCUGGCAUUGAGCAGUACCUGGGCUCUUUCUGUUGUGGCUCCUGCUCUGUGGAAUGGGCUCCCUGAGGAGAUGAGGGGAGCUCCCUCCUUGACAAUGUUCAGGAGGCACUGUAAGUCUUGCUUGUUUGACAGGGCUUUUGAGAGUGUGCAAAUGGCAGGCAUCUUUAAGAGAUCUGAGGUAUUAUUUUGUCUUGGUUUUAAUUGGGAAAUGUUAACCAUUAUUGUAAGCUGCCUUAAACCAUUUGGAAA